UUAAAGAAUAUUGUAAUUAAACUUUCAUUAGAAUAAAAAAGCGUGAUGAUAAUUUUAAGUUAGUCAAUUAAGUAUAGUUGGUUGCUGAUUCUUUAAUUUUUUUUUACUUGUAACCAACUUACCAUGACAUCACAAUAGUUUCUUUUUAAAUAUUAAAGUUUUGCUUAGAUAACUGGAACAGUUCCUCGUUUUAUUUUAAUUUGAUUAAGUUAUAAAAUUCAUUUAAUCCUUCAGUUUAACAAGAAAAGUGUACUUAAUAUAUACAUACUUAGUAUAUUACUUUUUAAGGAAAAGGUGCAAUUUUAAGAUAAAAUAUGCCUAGAAAAUUACAUAGUGGAAUAUUUCAUCCUACUCUUAGGAAAUUACAGGAGCAGAAUGUUCAGCUACAUUCAUAUAAUUUGAUGUAUCCUAUAUUUUUAAUAGAAAAUGAUGAUGACGCACAGGAUAUUCAAAGUAUGCCGGGAAUACAAAGAAUGGGUAUUAAUAAGUUAAAAGAACAUUUAGAAUCUUUAAUUCCAAAAGGAUUGAGUUCAAUUUUACUUUUUGGAGUGACUGAAAGUAUUCCAAAGGAUGAAAAUGGAACAGCAGCAGAUCAUCCCCUUAAUCCUGUAAUUAGAGGCUUACCAAAAUUACUUGAGUGGUUUCCAUCACUUCUUAUAGCAUGUGAUUUAUGUUUAUGCCCAUACACCAGCCAUGGUCAUUGUGGAAUAUUUAACAAAGAGAUAGGAUUAGAUAAUGAGGCUAGUAUAAAUAGAUUAGCUGAAAUUGCAGUAAAUUAUGCUAAAGCUGGUGCUCAUAUUAUUGCGCCGUCUGAUAUGAUGGAUAAUCGUAUUAAAGCAAUUAAAGAUGCAUUAAUUUCACAUGGUUUCGAAAAAAAGGUAGCACUUCUUUCAUAUGCAGCAAAAUUUGCUUCAACAUUUUAUGGACCAUUUCGUGAUGCAGCAAAAUCUGCUCCUGCUUUCGGAGAUCGUAGAUGUUAUCAGUUACCUUCCGGUUCAAAAGGUUUAGCGGCGAGAGCUGUUGAGAGGGACGUAGAUGAAGGGGCUGAUAUGUUAAUGGUAAAACCAGGUUUGCCUUAUCUUGAUAUCGUUAGACAAACAAAAGACAUGUAUCCUAAUAUUCCAUUAUAUGUUUAUCAGGUUUCGGGUGAAUAUGCAAUGAUAUAUCAUGGUUCUAAAAGUGGAACUCUCAAAUUAAAUGACGUUCUCAUGGAGACAAUCAUAUCUUUUAGAAGAGCAGGUGCUGAUUGCAUUAUAUCAUAUUUUACCCCACUUUUACUAGAUUUGAUAGCCAAAUAAAUAUAUAUUUUUAAAUUAUCCAAAAAACAUGCAAAAAUUAUAAAUUUCGGUUUUGAGGUUUUUAUUUGUUACCUUUCAAUAAUGUACAACUUUGUUAGUAUUGUAUUAGAUUAGAGAAGUAAGCUUUAUUUUUCAAAUAAAAGGGAAAAGUAACUUUUUUGCUGUUGUGGGAAAUUAUGUUUUUUUUUAUAUUUUAGAAAAUGCAUUUAUUUUUUUUAGUUAAACUUAAAAUGGCAAUGUGUGCAAUAAGAGUGUUGAAGAUUGCAAAUAGAUUAAGUAUGAACCUAAAAAAUAUUUUGCACUUGUAAUUCAAAGUAAAAUAAUUUAAAAUUAAAUAUUGUACGCAUAUAAAAUGGUUAAUAUAAUAUGAUGUCGUGAAGGCGUACUGAUAAUUGAUCAAUUGAUGUGACAAUAAUCGGAAAUACGAUAGCAUAUCA